UGAGGAUCGCGAUGAAGCGUCCAGGCUCCAAUCACGUGAAUGCACGCACGCUCAAUUUUGUUAAAUUGCACACCGCUCUCCCUCCGUGUCCUGCUGCUGGAUGUCGACACUCUUCGCAUACGCAACAACACCACAGUUCCCCCCCUGUGUGAAUAGCAAACAUGCCUCAAGCAGUCAUUGUCCACGACGUGCUGGGCACUCUCUUCAGCCUAGACGAACCGAUCUCGGCGCUUCGUCAGGCCUUCUCCGAUCAAUUGUCUUCGCAGCCAGACAUUGUGCCGGAGCUCAUCAUCAUGGAUUGGUAUCAUGCUGCGCAACGUGACUUUCUCAAUCUAAGCAUCAACAACGCAUACAUGCCAUUCUCCGAAGUUUUCAAGAGCACCCUUCCGAGGAUACUGCUUCAAGCUGGCUUGAAACCAACAGAUGCGUCAGUGCCGAAAGCAGCAGCGACGAGCGAUGUCGCGAAUGCAUUGCGUCGAGGCGGGGCUCUGCAGGGUCCAGGACCUAAUGGAGAUGUCAAAGGCUUUGACGACGAAGUGUCUCAGAUCAUGUCAUCACUGCGACGCUUGACACCCAGACCCGGCAUGCUCGAGGCUUGGAAGCGGUACGAGGCCGCACACGCAGAAGUGUGGGGCGCGACAAAUGGCGGUCUCGCACUUGCUUCCAAACUCUUCGAAGGCGCUCUCGGGCAGGGUUGCAUCCAAAAGCAGCAGCAAGACCGAGGCACGGCUUUGUUCUCGUGCGACGAAAUCGAGGUGGCCAAGCCGGAUGCUAGGGUGUACGAGGCGGUGAGACAGAGAGCGACGCAAGGCAGACAGCCGCAAACCAUUGACCUCUGGUUUGUAGCCACGCAUACAUGGGAUCUCUUCGCGGCCAAGAAAGCAGGUUUCAAAACAGCAUGGGUUUGGAACGAAGAGUUCCACGCGAGCUCAGCGAUUUACGGGGAGCCUGACAUCAUCGCCUCGAACCUCGACGAUGCAGCCAAGCAGAUUUUGGAGCGCGCGCUGCGUACCUGACCGAGGUUUCGAGUUUGCGGAAGCGAAUGACAUUUGGGCAAAUUGGCAUUGCGAUAUAUUGGCGGUGGAUCGUGCGAGGUCCACGCGGAGGAGGGCGGCGUUUCACUUUCCUCUUUUGCCACCUCUGCCCGCUUUGCCUCCUCGUGCUCUCUUACUGGGUGUCCCUCUUUGUAGGCUGUCAUCUUCCUCCUCGCCUGCAUCUCGCUUGACGGCCUUCUUGUCAUCCGUGGCGCCCUCCGCGCCCAGAUCGCCUGCGUUCCCGGCCUCCGCGAUGCAGCUGGGGCAGUGCCACUCGCCCUCAGGCACGGAGCUCAAAGGCGGAGAAAGACACUUGAGGUGCCAUGGGUUCUCGCACUUUUCGCAUUCCAGCAACACGUCUUCGCUGCCUUGCGCAGACUCUUCUCGCGAGCAUUUGAGACAGUGGUCAGAGGACGGCACGACUUCUGGAAAUCUCGGCAGCUCGGAGUACGUUUCUCCU